AUGUGGUUAAAUUCUAAAUUGAGGUUAAAUUCCGGAAAAGACAGUGUCAAAGCAGAGAGUGCUUCAACCAUGUUUGCCUGACUGAAGAGCCUGAAGAGUUAAUUGGUUGUUUAUGUGAAACGUCUCAUCAAGGUGAUCAGUAGGCUACUGUCAAAACGUCUGCGAGUCAGUUUGGACGAUCAAGGGAAACUUCAUACUCGGCUAAGGAUGAACUCUUCGGAUAUUAUUUGUAUGUAUGACGACUUUGGCAAUUCAACAAACAACUCUACAAACUCGUCAUGCAUGAACAGAAACAUUCCAUCCUUCAUCGACAUUGCAUCCUUCAUGCACAUUUUUCCAUCCAUCUACGGAAUCCUGUGUACGGUCGGGGUGAUUGCCAACAGUUUAGUCAUUUAUGCAGUGGCAACUUGCAAGAAAAAGAUGGUCUCGGACAUUUAUGUGCUCAACCUGGCCAUUGCCGACUUGCUCUUCUUGCUUGUGAUGCCUUUUAACAUUCACCAACUUGUCAGAGACAGGCAGUGGGUGUUUGGGAAUUUCAUGUGCAAAGCUGUGGUCGUUGUGGAUGUUAGCAAUCAGUUCACGACUGUUGGCAUCGUUACGGUGUUGUGCAUUGACAGGUACGUGGCGAUAGUCCACCCCACGUCGGAGAGAAGGACCAUCCAGUGGACCAUUGUCAUCAACCUGAUGGUGUGGGUGGGCAGCUUCCUGCUCACCGUGCCCGUCAUGAUCUACGCGCGCGUCAUCCACAAGAAGCACAUGGCCAUCUGCAUGAUGGACCUGGACGGCCCGCAGGACAUGUACUGGUACACGCUCUACCAGUCCAUGCUGGGCUUCAUCAUCCCCCUCGUCAUCAUCAGCACCUUCUACACGCUGACGCUCUACCACGUCUUCCGCUCCAUCCGGCGGGUCAAGCGCAAGCAGUCGGUCUGGGCCAAGCGGGCGACCAAGACGGUGGUGAUGGUGAUCGCGCUGUUCCUGUGCUGCUGGUCGCCGUACCACGUCAUCCAGGUGAUCAACCUGGGCAUCAACUCGCCCACCAACGCCUUCAUCUACGCGUACAACGUCAGCAUCUGCCUGAGCUACUCGCACAGCUGCAUCAACCCGCUCAUGCUGCUGGUGUUUGCGCAGAACUACCGCGAGCGGCUGUGCCGGCGGCGGGAGCUGCGCGUGUCCCAGACGAGCGCCUCCAAGACCACCAAGACGGACGCCAACUCCACCACCAUGGCCGCCGUCGACUCCAACUACCGCUGCACCGCUAUCUAGCUGCUGUUGCUGCUGCUGCCAUCC